AUGGAGGACAAGAACAUGGAGGACAAGAACGUGGAGGACAAGAACGUGGAGGACAAGAACUUGGAGGACAAGAACUUGGAGGACAAGAACUUGGAGGACAAGAACUUGGAGGACAAGAACUUGGAGGACAAGAACUUGGAGGACAAGAACGUGGAGGACAAGAACGUGGAGGACAAGAACGUGGAGGACAAGAACUUGGAGGACAAGAACGUGGAGGACAAGAACUUGGAGGACAAGAACUUGGAGGACAAGAACUUGGAGGACAAGAACUUGGAGGACAAGAACUUGGAGGACAAGAACGUGGAGGACAAGAACUUGGAGGACAAGAACGUGGAGGACAAGAACGUGGAGGACAAGAACGUGGAGGACAAGAACGUGGAGGACAAGAACAUGGAGGACAAGAACGUGGAGGACAAGAACGUGGAGGACAAGAACAUGGAGGACAAGAACUUGGAGGACAAGAACAUGGAGGACAAGAACAUGGAGGACAAGGACAUGGAGGACAAGGACAUGGAGGACAAGAACAUGGAGGACAAGCAAUAA